AUGUACGAAGUCAGCCAAAGGCCGGAGCUGACCUUGGAAGAGGCGAUCGGGUCUGGGGAAGUACCAGAGCCCGAGUUGAUGCGUUUCCAAGGAUGGCUUGCAUGGCGAGGAGGAGACGGACAAAGGCCCGCCCGAAGGAAGGGCGAUAGAGUGGGAACGAACGGAAAAUUUGAAGCCGACUUGUGGAGAGCUACUAUGGAACGGAUCUAUGGAGAAGAUUGGAAGACACAGAUGGAUGCGAAAGAGCUGGCGGAGCUAGCUCCGUCCUCCGGAGAAGAACAGGAAGAGGAGGAGCUCUUGCCGGAAGCCUCGAUCGCUGCGGGUGGUCCCGGGAUGGCUGCUGUGCCGCGCGCUUCGUCGAUCGAGGAAGCGCUGGUUCAGUUGAGUGUUCUGCUCCCCGAAGGGGAAGUCGAGAUGCUGCUGUUCCGUGCUGAAGUGUCUGGGGAGCUCGAAGGAGCCUCAGACCCCUUGAGGCACUUGAAGGUCCGGUUUGGGGAAGAGUUAGCCGAUGGCUCGGACUCUGUAGAGAGCCAGAGAAGGCUAUCAGUCUUGAUUCGAAUGAUCCAAGAGAAAGGAGGUAAGCUGAGCUCUACGGCGGACAAGCUAUUCUCUAGUGAGGAAGGCUCGCCGCCGAGGGCUGCCCCGGCUCAAGUCUCUCCGGUGGCUCGGUCUCUCUUUAAGGGACCCGAGGCUGCUGUGAUGAGUGAGCCCGGGAGGGUUGCGAACCUUGGUGCUCUUGGAGGAGGGCUAGCCGAAGUGCUAAAGAAGCAGACGGAGCUGCUCCAGCUUGCGCUGGAGAAGAAGCCGCCCAAGAGGUCGGUGCAGGAGUUUUACGACCAGUUUGAGGCGACCAUCGCCCUGGCGCAACAUCGGCUGAAGUCUUACGAGCUGAUCUACAAGCGCCACUUGAACGACGGCUCCCUCACGAGAGAUCCCGGCGCAGUGUAUCUGGCUGUGAAGCAGAAACACCUGCUGGAUGAGUGGGAGAGGCUGCAUAAAGGACGCCUCUCCGCUCAUCAAUGGGAG